AGCUAAGCCAUUUGGAAGCCAUAUAGACUCUGUCUAAAUUGGUUGUGUAUUGCAGAGGUAGAGAUGCAAGGUUUAUUGAAAUUGGUUUAUUUGAAUGUUUGCAUAGCUUUGAUGUGGGCUUUUGUUCAAAUUUAUCACAUUUGAUGCGUGAGAACGAGAGAGAGAAGAAUCAAUGAAAAUCAUGAGCUUGAGGAAGAUGAUUGAAGAAGAAAUGGCUGCGUGAGGGAGAAGGACUGCUCUGCUUCUGUUUGCUUUACUUUGUUUUAUCAGCAAAAAAUAAAAAUUUAAAAGGAAUGAGUAAGUUUACCGGUAACAGGUAAAAUGGUAUGCCAGCGGGGAAUAUGUGUUAAAGUUCGUAUUAUUCAUGGUUAAUUGAAAAUUCGUGUUAUUGUAGGAAAAUCAGUGAAAGUUCGUAUUAUUCAAGGUAAUUUUUCCUUAGAAAAAUUAAGUAAUUACAUAAUGAAUCCAUCUCAUGAUAAAAUAAACUCAUAAAAAAUAAUUUGAACAUAUUACUCAUAUUAUAAACUUAAAACGUAAAGUAAACUCAUUAUUGUCAAUUGAUUUUAUUUAGGCAUAAGCCUCGUUUAAGUCCGUUUAUUAAUUACUUUGAAUUGUCGAAGCUCAUUUCUAAAACAACAACACCCGUUGCAUAAUAUAUACCAUAUCCUUGGCCUUCUAUUUUCUCACGCACACGGCCCACACAACAUUAGAAAAAAAAAAAAAAACACCCACAAACCCCAAGAAAUGACGACUCCCUUUCUGUUCCAAGUGAGUGCCAUAGUCAUAGCUACGUUUCUCCUACUCCAUGUUUUCCACGUCACUGCAACUUCGACAGAUGAAGAAGAUACUUCCAUGGCCUACCUUAGAGACGAAAAUGGUGAACGCAUGCUCAACGGUGGCACUUACUACAUCGUUCGACGUAUUAACCGCAAGGACGCUGGUGGUUUAACUGUGGUACCAAACACAAACACCCAAUUAGGCCAAGGAUCAGCCUGCCCACUUUACAUAACCCAAGAGAAAGACGCAAAUUCAAAUGGAAUCCCUGUUAAAAUAGUCUCUUCGCAUAUCAACUCAAAGUACCUUCCAUUUGGUACCACUGACUUCACUUUCGUGGGAGUCAACACCGAGUGUACCGAACCACUAGUAUGGCGGCUGCACACCGAUAGUGCAACCGGGCAUAACUAUGUGGCCGCGGGUACUAAUCAGUCCAACAUACCCAGUGCUUUCUUCAUUCUAAUACCAUUUAAUUAUGUGGAGUCAUCCCUAUACGAGAUCAACUUUUGUGAUCGAUCCGUUUGUGGUCGUGCGAGUUUUCUAGGCCAAAAUGGACUUAUGGGCAUCGAUAGAGCUAUAGAUGUUGCUUUUCUUUUUAGAAAAGCCUUCAAUCAAUCAUCCUCACUCUUCAACUCUGUCAUUUAAUUUUCGUUUGCUUCUUAAUUACUUGUAAUUUUAAUAUCUGUCUACCGGCCUAUUACGUAUGAUUAAAUAAAGGAAAUCCUCUUCCAAUUAA